AUGUAUUUCUCUGCUGCUACUUCCGUUGCGCUUGCCGCUCUCUUUACUACUGUGCACUCGCACGCAGUCAUCUUGGCCGCUGUUGGUGACAAGGGCGAAAGCCAGGGAUUCUUGGUCGACCCCGAGCUUGCCCGUAACUGCACCACAAUCUCUCCUUGCCAGCAGGAUGCCACCAUCAUUCGCGACGAGGAGAUUACCCAAAAUAUUGUCAAUGCUUGUGGACGAACUGAAAUUGCUGGUAACAUCGACAUUGGCGAGCAGACUGAGAACGAACUCGCCGCUGGUCGCAUGGCCCAAGUCUCUGCUGGCUCCACCCUGGCAGUCACCAUCCACCAGGUCAAUGCUGAUGGAGCUGGACCGUUCGAGUGCGACAUGGACGAGACUAGCAAUGCCGUCACUACCUUCACUCCCCUGAAGGUAUCCAACAACGUCCCUGGCUCCUUCGGUCUCUCCCAAGCCAAGGAAAAGGAGUUCACCAUCAAUGUCCAGAUGCCCGACAAGUUCAACUGCCUUGGUGCAUCCACUGGAAACAUCUGCACCAUUCGAUGCCGCAACAACGCUAUUGCCGGUCCCUUCGGUGGAUGCUUCGCCGUUCAACAGACUGAUGGCACUGGCCGUACUAGCAAGGCCGCUUCUGCUGUCGAUACUGCUCAGACACUUGAGGGUAUCUCUGCACAAAUCCUUCAAAACCAGAAAGAUCUCCCUGCUGCCAUCGCGGCCAACCAGGCUGCUGGUGCUGCGGGGGGCAACGAGGGUGCUAGUGCCAUUUCCGCUCUUCUGCCGGAAGCGACUCAAGAUGCCAAUGCUGGCAACGGCAACAAGGGUAACCAGAACGGUAACCAAGGCCAAGGACAGCGAGGACAACAGGGCCAGGGACAGGGCCAGGGACAGCGCGGCCAACAGGGUCAGGGUCAACAAGGACAACAGGGUCAAGGCCAAGGUCAAGGCCAGGGCCGUGGCCAAAACCAGGGCAACGGUAACGGCCAGAACCAAGGCAACCGCAACAACAGACUCCGCCGCUUUGCCUCCAAGUUCCUUAGCUAA